AUGUUACCAAAAGGAAAAAUUGCAGAUAUUGGUUACAUGUUCGGGAUCGGAGUGUUUCAUUCUGGGGUUGAAAUAUAUGACAAAGAAUAUAAUUUUGGUGGACAUGAUUUUGAAACUACUGAUUCAGUUCUUAUGGGGCAUACGUCUUUGAGUAGAGAAGAGGUAAAGAACGUUAUCGAUGGAUUAUCAAAAGAGUGGAGUGGGAAUAGUUAUAAUUUAUUGACAAGGAAUUGUAAUCAUUUUACUAGUGAAUUAUGUAAUAUACUGGUUGGAAAACCAGCACCAAAUUGGAUAAAUCGUGCCGCAAAAUUAGGAACCCUCUUUCCAUGUAGGUUUUGUAUAUUUACACCUCAAUUUACAUUCAUUCUCACUCAUAACUUUCCGAUGGAACCUUUACUUAAUGAAUAUGAUCAAACAACAUCUUCUCAAAAAAGUGAGAAUAAAUGCGUUGUUCCUAAUGACUGGAUCGAGGCACCAGACGCUGAGAGUGGUAAGGUUUUUCAAUCUGUCAAUUUGUCAAUAUUGAUUAAUUGA